AUGGCUGCCAGCAACAUGGUCAACAACGCCGUGGACCCGAAUAUCGAGGAUGACCUGUUCCAAAAGGAGGUCGAGCAAGUCAAGAAGUGGUGGAGCGAGCCGCGAUGGAGACACACCAAGCGAUCCUUCACCGCUGAGCAAAUCGUCUCCAAGAGAGGCCACCUCAAGAUUGAGUACCCGAGUAACGCCCAGUCCAAGAAGCUCUUUGAAAUUCUCGAGAACCGCUUCAAGAACAAGGACGCCAGCUACACCUAUGGCUGCUUGGAGCCCACAAUGGUCACUCAAAUGGCCAAGUAUCUCGACACCGUCUACGUAUCUGGUUGGCAAUCAUCGUCAACAGCCUCAGCCUCGGACGAGCCCGGCCCGGAUCUGGCAGACUACCCUUACACGACUGUGCCUAAUAAGGUCGCUCACCUGUUCAUGGCCCAGCUCUUCCACGACCGGAAACAGCGCCAGGAGCGCCUGAGUGUCUCCAAAGAGGCUCGCGCCAAGCUCGCCAACAUCGACUACCUGAGACCCAUCAUCGCCGACGCCGACACGGGUCACGGCGGUCUCACGGCCGUCAUGAAGCUCACAAAGCUCUUCAUCGAGAAGGGCGCCGCCGGAAUCCACAUUGAGGACCAGGCCCCCGGCACCAAGAAGUGCGGACACAUGGCCGGCAAGGUCCUCGUCCCCAUCCAGGAGCACAUCAACCGCCUCGUCGCCAUUCGCGCCCAGGCCGACAUCAUGGGCUCCAACCUCGUCGCCGUCGCCCGCACCGACGCCGAGGCCGCCACCCUCCUCAGCACAAACAUCGACCCCCGCGACCACGCCUUCAUCCUCGGCUCCACGAACCCCAGCCUCCAGCCCCUCAACGACCUCAUGAUCGCCGCCGAGCUGGCCGGCAAGACGGGCGACCAGCUCCAGGCCAUCGAGGACAACUGGCUGAAGCAGGCCAACCUCAAGCGCUUCGACGAGGCCGUCGUCGACGCCAUCAAGGCCGCGCCCCUGUCCAACAAGGACGGCCUGAUCCAAAAGUACACCGCCGCCGCCAAGGGCAAGAGCAACAACGAGGCGCGCGCCAUCGCCAAGGGCAUCCUCGGCGCCGACAUCCACUUUGACUGGGACUCCCCGCGCACGCGCGAGGGCUACUACCGCCUCAAGGGCGGCUGCGACUGCGCCAUCAACCGCGCCAUCGCGUAUGCCCCCUACUGCGACGCCAUCUGGAUGGAGAGCAAGUUGCCCGAUUUCAAGCAGGCGCAGGAGUUCGCCAAGGGCGUCCACGCCGUCUGGCCCGAGCAAAAGCUCGCUUACAACCUCUCGCCCUCCUUCAACUGGAAGACGGCAAUGCCCCGCGCUGAGCAGGAGACGUACAUCCGCCGCCUCGCGUCGCUCGGCUACUGCUGGCAGUUCAUCACCCUGGCGGGCCUGCACACGACGGCGCUCAUCAGCGACAAGUUCGCCAAGGCCUACAGUCAACAGGGAAUGCGCGCGUACGGCGAGCUCGUGCAAGAGCCCGAGAUGGACUCGGGCGUCGACGUCGUCAAGCACCAAAAGUGGAGCGGCGCGACAUACGUCGACGAGCUGCAGAAGAUGGUCACUGGCGGUAUCAGCAGUACCGCUGCCAUGGGUAAGGGCGUGACGGAGGAUCAGUUCCACUGA